AUGAAGAUUUUUAAUUUAAUUUGGAAAAAAAUCACAGACACUGAUGCUUUAGAAUCAGCAAGUGGAAAUCUCGAAUUAAAAUUUUACGAAUUAAUUUAUCGCGUCACAUAUAUUUUCGGCCUCUCGACUUCUGACUACAGCGUGGCAUAUUGGAUCUACAGUACUGCAGUAAAGACACUGUUGGUGUUGCUCGUGUGCUGUGAAUUCUGGAACUUCUUCAGUAUUACUUGGAAUAUUGAAGAAGUUAUAGAUGGAAUUAACAUUAUCUUAAUACAAUUGGGCGCUUUUUACAAAUACAGAGUGCUGAUUUCAAAUAAACACGUAUUCAAAAGUCUUGCUUCUUCUAUGCAGUCAGGGAAUUUUGAUUUGUCGACUGAAAGGAGGAAAAAUAUAUUGGAAACCUGGCAGGCGAGGAACGAGGCCUGGCUUAAAUUACUGUUGGGAAUAGGGACUUGCACUGUUGUUGUGUGGCACAUCUAUCCUCUUAUGGACGAGCUGGAGUACAAUUUGAUGGUGUCCAUUAGAUUACCUUUUGAUUUUAAAACACCAGUUCGAUACACGAUCACUUAUGUCAUUACCAUGAUAGCUUUUUCCCUAAUAAGUUAUUUUGUUAUGACGAAUGAUCUCACUGUACAAGUUCACUUAAUGUAUAUACUUUGUCAAUUUUCAAUACUUAACGACUGUUUCAAGAAUAUAUUAACUGAUUGCCAAUCAUGUUUUAAAGAUAUUGAUACGGAAAAUUUACAUUUAUAUAAAGAAUUUACUCAAGUGUAUAAGAGAAGAUUAGGUAAUUUGGCAGAUCAACAUAAACUCAUAUUACGGAAUACAUUGAAACUUCGCGAUAUAAUGAGUUUAUCCAUGUUAAUUCAGCUGGCGACCAGUACAACGCUUAUGUGUUCCAUAAGCUUUCAACUUACAACGUCAGUGAACGUGAAUAUGACAAAAGGACUUAUGAGUCUGUUUUAUCUCGGAUACAAUAUGUUCGUCCUUUACACAAUUUGUAGAUGGUGCGAAGAGAUAAAAAUUCAGAGCGAAAGUAUAAGUGAAGCAGUAUAUUGUUCGCGAUGGGAGCAUGGUAUUGUGAUGGUGCCGGGAGUGAGAACCUCCAUUUUACUGAUAAUGGCUCGUGCUCAAAAACCCACUGGAUUGUCCGCUGGAGGCAUGUACGAACUGUCUUUGGAAGCGUAUACCAAUAUGGUGAAAACUUCAUACAGCGCCCUGACAAUUCUUCUCCGUCUUCGUUAA